AUGCUACUUUCCGUGGUGUCAAUGCGAGCCAAGAAAAUUGUGUGCUCGUUGAACUUUGACCCUAGGAAAAUCUCAUUAGACACGUGUGCAUUGUGUAAAUUGGAAUUCCGAUCAUAUUCCUUCUAUAUCAGCUUGAGCUUCGAAAAAUUUGAAAAAGACGCUGAGAGAGAACUUGUGGAGAUAGAGAGACCAGAAAUAGUCGAAUUCUACGUUGCACGAUUAGUUGGCAACAGAAUUGAAUCUGAGAAGUAUCAAUGGGAGAAUGGAACAUUUGAAGUGAGAGAUUACAUCGAUCAUUUCAUGGAGAUAUUCCACCACGAUUGUAUUGAUGAAUUGACUGUUAAGAGAGAGGAUGCUUAUCCACUAGAGUCAAUUCAACAACUUAUUAAUGGAUUGGAGAUAAGAGAACUUAAAAUUUAUGAAAGAAAUUCUGAAGACGACGUGAUGAACCGUUUGAAUGCAAUUAAGCCUUCUCGUACCCUUUAUUUGGAGCGAAGCCCGUCUUUCGUCUGGAAUCACACCAAGAUGAGCCAAUUUUUCAUUCAAAACCUUGAUUAUAUUGAGAUAGGAACAGCAUCUUCAUUGACUCUUGACGACUUGUUACUUAUGAACAUCUCGGAAAUUAAAAUCAAUAAAACUCGGAUGACCGGGAAAGAUUUCAAUCGGUUUAUAAAGCAUUGGAUCUCUGGAUCGAAUCCGAGACUGAGGUAUCUUACGGUCGGAGGUCAAUUGACAGAUGGGUACGAAAAGGAGCAGUACGAGAGGGAGUUGUUGCAAGGAAUAUACCACCGAAAGAUGGCGGAUGGGAAAAAGAGACCCUUCGUGAGAUAUAUGGGUUUAUACGAAGAACGUACGGAAACAAUUCCAGGUGGUUCUUAUAUUAGAAGAAAAGAUGGGACUGAGGCUACCGUCCAUUUUGAGUAUCUUCGGUUUCAUUUGAUUCUCCAAUAG